CGGAUACUUGCCAAGAGCACCGGCGCCGAUAGUCCACCUUCCCGCCGCGAUGAAGCUGAUUCAACUGGGACAUGCCGAUGAGGGUGUGUCAUCAUUCCUGCUCGGGACGUGUGGCCGGCAAGUGCUGUUGGACUGCGGCUUGAACUUGAGAGCGUUGGUGCACUUACCACUCCACGGGCCAUUUCGAUUCCACGGACCAAGCUUGCAUUUCAUCGACGCACAGACAAUCGACUACGUCGUAAUUUCAAACCACAUGAGCUUGCUGGGUCUUCCUCUGCUCACGGAGCGCACAGCAUUCCAGGGAGAAAUCUUUGCGACAGAACCAUGCGUGCAAUUCGGAAGGAGGAUGCUUCUGGACAUGCUGGACAUGGUGGAGAAGCGGCAACGCAGCAGCAACGGCAGUCGGCCGUGGAUGUCCCGCGCCCACAUUAAGACCCUUCCCCAUGCCGACCAACAGCUUCUCCUGGACAUGGAAUAUGACCAAUGGGCCGACCCGUACACUCGACACGAGAUCGACCGGUGUUUGCAGCGCAUCACGAUCAUUCCAUAUCGUCAAACUCUGACGUUGUCAUACGAACUAAAGCUAACGGCUGUCAGCUCGGGCUUUGCAUUGGGUGCAAGCUGCUGGAUCAUCGAGAGUCCGAUGGAGAAGCUGGUGUAUAUCCCAGCAGCAUCAUCCGAAAUGAAUCGACACCCCACUGCACUGGACGUCAACUUUUUGCGAGACGCCGACAUCAUGCUCGUGACUGAUCUCAAAGACGACCGCGACACACGCAUGAUCGACAAGCGCCUGGAAACGUUUUUGAAUCACCUGCUCACCGUCCACUCGCGCCACGGCACAUCGCUCGUCCCAUGCCAUUUUGACGGUGUCCUCUUCGACUUGCUCGAGAAUUUGCAGCUGUUCUUAGCAGCCAUCAACCACGCCCCCAUUCCCAUUUACUUUGUCACGUCUACACCCGUCGACUCAAAUCUGUGCGGACCGCAAUGGCUAUGCAAUUCCAAAGCGCAAAAGGUAUUUGCCGGCACGUCGCCUUUCGUGCACAGCCAACUGAUCGACGAGUGCCACCUCCGGCUCGUCGCCCCGGGGUCCCCCGUGCCUCUCGAGGAGCCGUGCAUCAUCUUCGCCAACCAUCCGAGUCUUCGCCUGGGCGAUGCCGUCGAACUCAUUCCCAAGCUACAGCUGAAUCCGUCCAACGCGGUGGUGUUCAUCGACCCGCAUGUCCAGCCGUUCCAAGCGAUCGCGCCAUUUCAACCCAACUUUCUCAUGGAAUGGAUCCACGCCCCCAUUGACUUUCGCCUCUCGUGCAACAAUGCCAACAUCUUGAUUGCCGAAUGCAAACCGCAAACGGUCGUCUUGCCCGCAUGCUACGUCACUGCCCAAGGUGACGGCCAAUGCGUUCGGCUCUUGAAGGAUUUGGUCGUGACCCGAGAUGCCGACUCGACCGUCCUGCUGCAUCACUUGGAGCCUGCAAUGGUUACCAAGGUGAAGAAGGUCGUCGAUGCCGUCUUGGAUCCAGAGCUGGCGGCACAAACGAAUUUGACGAUCGUGGACAAGAAUGCGGCAGCACUCGUCCAAACGAAGCUGUCGUUUGCGUCGGGGCGCAUCGAAUUGAAGCCCGUGGACGGCGAGUACUGGGACCGAACUUCUCUCGAACCGCUCUCGACGUCGCACGAGUCGAGCACGACGACGCUGUCCAGCGGCGGGCCAUGCAAGAAGCUGUGUGUUCGCGAGAAAACCAACGUCCUCCUCGGCGAACUCGACGUCGAAUCGCUCUUGCACCAGCUGCAGGACGAGUUUGGUCCGCUUCACAUUGAACCGCUCAACAUGGCGACCCAAGUCAAGUUUGGCGACACCGUCGUGACCUUUCUCACGAACGAAAACAAGACGGUCGUCGCGUCCGGCAGCGAUCUCGUCCGCGCCCGCGUCGCCCACCUCGUUGUCGCACAACUGUGCCAGUUCUAACGCUGCUCCAACCUCCUGUUGUCUCGUACGCGAGAGUGCUUCCGCGAGCCUUGCGAUAUUGACGGUAGUUUGAAACGUCUAACGUCGUCCAUCCAUCAAUGUCUAGCUGACGACGCAAGGGAUGAUCAGGUGGAUUUGAAUCGAGCUGUCGCUGUGCCAUGGUCCGUCUUGUACGCUGAAGGGGUCGGGCCAGGUCGACCGUGCUGCAGCCGCUACAUUACUCUGGCACUCAACUCUAGUCUUCCCGUCGAGCUCUUAACCCAAACAGCCCUCUCGUCCAUCCAAGUUUUUGAAAAUUGCCCCAAGAGUGACUGUCCUGUACGGCAUGAUUCCCCCUAAUCUUGUGUCGCUGG